AUGCAUGUCCAUCGUCCGCGGCAAGCCCAACGCAUAAACCAGCUGUUUAUCCUUAUAUCCAUCACGACCGUCUUCACGCUCUACUAUCUCUUCUUCAAACCGCCGGCUGGAAGCCGUGCCAUAUCCAGCUCACAGCAACGACCACAUCCAGAUGACUCGAGGAAGAUAGCGACAGCUUCAAAGGAGCUGGUCGUCGCCAGCGUUAAGUCGGACAAUGUUUCGUGGAUACGAGAGCAAUUGCCUGGUUGGAAGUCGAAUAUCUACAUAGCUGACGCCGACACUACAAACAAUCCGGAUCGAUAUGACAAGCUGCCGGAAUUCGUAAUUUUUAUGCAUGGCCAGCGAUAUCAAUGGCAUAACGAUGAUCCAUUAUACGAUGGGGCCUCGAUUAUAAGCAAACUACGUCUCCCGGCCGUCGUCAAGACAGGCUACACACCGCUGAGAUGUACAUGGAUACCAGGCUGUCCGGUAGAACUACACCCGCUGAAGCCCGUGGAUGAAGGACCAAUAGUCCGCCAGCAGACUGAACUCGCCUUUGCAACCGUAUUCAAGACUAUAUUCCCAGGCGCCGAAGUCCCUGCGGAAGUGGGUGCAACAUGUUCGUCCCAGUUUGCUGCCACACGGGAGCAGAUCAUGCUGAGGCCCAAGGCUGACUAUGAGCGUAUUCGGAGAUGGCUUAUCGAGACUGAGUUGCCCGAUGAUAUCAGUGGAAGAAUCAUGGAGUACAUGUGGCACAUAAUCAUGCAGAAGAAACCGGUAUAUUGUCCACCGGCUGGAGAAUGUUACUGUUUCACGUUUGGUUUGUGUGAUCUGAAGUGCACACCAGCCCGGUGUGAGAAACAAUACGUUUUGCCCACUUAUGCAGCUGUCCCUGACGGGUGGCCGGAGAAGGGCGGGGGUGAGAAUGGGUGGCCAAAGCCAGGUUGGAAUCAAUGA